AUGGUCGACAAACGCGAGAUAACCAAUGCCCUAACCGCCGAAGGCAUCAUCCCCGACAUUCUUCCUCCCGGCACAGUCGUGCCACGAAACCUAAAAGUCGAUUUUCAUACCACAAAACUUACGAGGCCAGGACAAAUGAUUGAUCGCGAAGAGACGCAAACGAAGCCGACUGUUUUCGUUGAUCCUCCGCCGGAAGAAGACCUUUCGAGGAAUAUUUAUACGUUGUUAAUGGUGGAUCCGGACCUUACUGUCCGACACGAUACGAGAUUUGGACAAGUCAGACACUGGCUCGUAAGCAAGUGCUCAGUCAGCAGUACGGGAGAAGUGCUCGAUGUCAAGGGCACCACGCAUUCACCAUGGGUUGGGCCUGCGCCUCUGCCAGUUCAUACUUUUACAGGAAAACCACACCCAUCGCGCUACACUUUCAUACUCUGCAGAAGCAAGACAGCACACUCUAGAGGCGGCGAUAACAAAGCCUCCGAAGAAUUGCAUAUCUCGGAAGGAGACCAGUAUACGGGCUUAGCGAGCGAUUUGGGCAAACCGUCACAGGAUCUAUUUGAUCGGUGGAAGUUUAAUACUGCGCAGUUUCUGGAGGAAAAUAAUCUUGAAGUGGUGGCUGCGACGUAUAUGCUCGUGGAAGGGAAUUUGAAGAGUGGUGCUGCCAAUUUGGGCUUGAUGGCUAAUGCUAUUGGGAAUAAGAUUGGAGAGAUGGCUCAUUGA